CGUAAAGUCCGUUGAGUGGCGACGAUUGUGACGACGUCAGCGCAGUUCCGGUGCACAACGACAAGGGUACAAAACCCAGGGACGCCCCAACGACCGCCAGUCCCACUCUGCAAGUCAGCCACACCAUGAAGGCCUUCAGCGUUCUCCUGGUGGCCGUCCUCGCCGCCGGCCUGCUCGCCAGCGCGUUCGCGGGCGACGAGCCGGGCGAGCGGUGCCCCUUCGGGUGCCUGGCGGUCGAGGACCCCGUGUGCGGCUUCUACCGCGGCGUGCACCGCACCUUCAGCAACUCGUGCAUCAUGGACCUCGAGAACUGCGUCAAGAGGCAGUACUGGAGGAAGGUGGCGGACUGCGCCUGCGUUCCGCCGGCCCUGGCCCCUGGAAAAUGAGGGGGGCAAUCAAGACACCGCGCUCAAAUGUUCCAACGUAUGCGUCAAUAAAAAUGAUGAGAGGAAA